AUGACGAACGAUGAGAAUAGCAAGCAGCAGCAGCAGCAGACAAAUACUGAUAAUAUUAAUAAAAAACAACAACGAAAACGAAGUGUAUUUGAUCUUGAACAAAUUCGUCAAUUAGAACAUGUUUUUGAUCAAAUAACACAUUAUCCUGAUUUAUCACUUCGUCAACAUCUUACUCUUAUAACACAACUUCCAGAUAAGAAAAUUCAAAUUUGGUUUCAAAAUCGUCGUGCUAAAUGGAGAAAACAACAUCAAUUAGGUCAUUUUGGUGGUUUACAUGAAUUAACUAUUGAUGAACAUCAUCGUUUUGUUCCCGCACCGAAAUCAAAUUUUAUUUUAGCAUCACCAACACCAUCAACAACAAUUACAAAUAAUGCAUCAAUCCAACAACUUGAACAUUAUUUUUACUUAGCAUUUCAAACUGCUCUAGCAAAAACGAAUGAAAAUUUUGAUCAAAUAUUUCAACCAAAAAGACAUGAUUCGAGCUAUCCUCCUUGGUUUCAUAAUGAUUAUAUUGCUUCUACAAAUACAAACAAUUGA